AUGGAAAAAGUCAUCCAAUUACAAUACACACAAGCAGGUCAAAGUGGAAGAGGGCACCUGACUGUAGGUGAGGCUCGGAUGCUAUUUAAGUUCUUAUAAUUCUUAUACUGAAUACUUCACGUUUUUCUUUUUGUCGUCAUCGCUCUUGAUUAGAUAAAACAAAAGAAAUGUACUAUUUCGUGUAAGGAAAACUUUGGUGAAAUCAUAUGAAAAUUUUAUCAGUUUUUGUAGGAAUGACGCAUUGUGGUCUGCACAUUAUAUGCACUCAUGCUUGUCACGUAAGUGGAACACAAAGAAGUGCUUGUUACAUAUCAAAUACAUUUCAAGAAGAGAUUGAUAACUAGAAAAAUGACAUUUUGAGCUGCCCUUAAUUCAGUAAUGUUUAAUAAAAAAAAACUCAUUGAAAACUUUUUACUACCAAAUAAAAGGGAGCAAAAACAGUUUAAAGGCAGAGGGCUAACAGAAAAUAGAGCAGUGGAUUGUGCAGCUAAAAUGGAUCAAUCUGAUCAUCAACCCAAGAACCGAUUUAAGAGACUAAUUGAAGAAGACUUUGUUGACAAAAGCAGUGAAAGUGAUGACGAAUCAAUAAGAGCUGAACAGGAAAAAGUUGAAAAAAUAAUCUUAAACCUUAGGAAGAAGGCAAGUACAUGAUGUAAACAGUUACAUUCAAAGAAAAGCUGCUCUGGGAAAUAGACACAGGUCAUAUCCAUAAACCUGGCCACCCCUUCAAUUCUUGUAUGGAAGCCGAACAAUUUACAUUUUGAGGGUGAUUGAUAAGCAAGAGUCUCCAAAGCCAAACUUUUAAGAGAAGUGUGAACUAAGACUGCAAUUUCCAGAGGCUUAAGGAUGAGUAAAGGGUUCAAAUAAGAAUGAACUGAUUUGGCAAUUUAAUCGGCGUACUUCAUCUAAGAGGUUAAGUUCAAACUAAUUGUUGAGUUUAUUACAUAUACUUGCAGCCACUCUCCAACACACCUGCUCCUACAGCCACCAUAACUACUGGUCAAAUGGAGAAAAGACUACUUAAUCUGGAGCGGGAAGUACAACAAAUCAAAGCAUCACUGGAGCAUGUAAAAAAAGAACUCAGGACCAGCAGCACCGUGCCAGCUGGGACAUGUUCCCCAAACAGUGUACUAGUUCAAUACCUAUCACUUAAUAUUGCCUUCUUAGUACAGCUCUUUAUUUGCUUAAGUUUACAGCGAAUAUGCAAUUCUCAUGGACAAUAUUAAAGGCCCUUAGGCCCGGGUCAAAUGCCGUACUUCACAUGAGCUGAAUCAAAUUCAAAUGAGCAAAACCCUCUGUUCUCCCUCAUUAGCAUUCGAUUCGGCUCAUGGGAAGUGCGGCGUUUGACCCCAGCCUAAUGAUCAAGUGGCUCCACAGACACUACACAUACUUAAUAGGGCCUGUUACCUCUUGUUAAAAUAAGAUUAAAAGUCUGAAAACAGCAACUCAAGUUUUGUCUAGGAUUACCCUACAUAGCUUAGGGACGCACCUUUGAAGCGAUAAAUUUAGUUUGAACAGAUUCUGUAACUUACAUCCUCCGAUGACCAUCAGUAUCAAAUCACUGUUAAAAUUUUUAAUUGCUAUUUAGUUAGCUAUGUUUGUUCACUUCUUUUGUAGACUCCAUCUGGUUCAACAAUCUGGAUUAACACAUGGAGACGUUAAAGCAUGGUAACAAAGAAGUACAUGUAUGCUUUGAGUCACGGGAAAGCACUUGUAGCAUGAUGAAGGAUGCAAUCUUACCAUGUUUUGACAUCCGCCACAUGUUAUCAGUGUACACACACACACUGACAAAUGGAAUCUGUUGAUUUGCUUUGGGCAUUGUUUUUUCUAGCAUUUUUCCCAUCAUGACGUCAACUGUACAUCCACUGUUAUGUGUAAUAAAAUUACAUAUAAUUGAACUAGGUAUCGGUAUUUUGAGUAAAUUAACUGGUCAUGUCUUUAAUUUGUUUUUGGGAUAUGUUGGUGAUGAUGAUUAUGUUUCAUUUUCCUAAAUGUUCUCUAUGCACAAUACACAGCUGAGAAAAUACAAAAGUACAGGCAGGCCAUAAUCGAUGCAUGCAAUCAAAAGUGCAGGGAAGUGGCAAGAAAGGAAGCUGGAUCAGCAUUGAAAUGCACCAAUGACACUGACAACAGUCGACAAUAA